AUGGCUACUUGCUUCAUACUAGGCCUUUCAACCCCUCUUAAUACGACGUCGGAUCCCGAGCUGUUGGGCCAAUUGCUGUGUCCAAGGCCCAAGAAAGAAGUUGGAAAUGAUAACUGUGGGAGGAGGAAAAGGGUAGGUUUUGAACCACUCCAAAACGGGGUCGUUUGUUUGCCCAAUGGGUUUGCAAUAUCAGGAGCAGAUUGUAUCGGGACGUUUUGGGGAUUCUCGGGAAUGGAGGGCUGGUCAGGUGGAAAAGGGAGGACUAAUGUUUGGAUUGAAGUUGGGUGUGUAGAGAGAAUGGGGUUGAGAUAG